AUGGCGCAAAAUAGAGAAAAAGAAGAAACAGAGGUCAAAGUCCCAGAAAACUUACCCAUAUGCACACCGACGCAGACGAUCUCAUCUCCGCCGCGUAUCCCUCUCGCAAGAGCGCCGGAUAUCUCAGAUCCGCCUCGAACCAGCUCCGCCGGCUCACCGGAAAACCCAGAUCUGGUCCCUCCGUCGGAGAAGCGGCGGGAUCUGAAGAGACCUAGGGAUGGUACCCGGUGCCCCGUGUCUGGAUGCAGGAAGCGGAUCGGGCUGGUUGGAUACCGGUGCAGGUGCGGGGACGUGUUCUGCUCGGAGCACAGGUACUCCGAUCGGCACGACUGCAGCUACGAUUACAAGGCGGCGGGUCGAGAGGUCAUCGCCAGGGAAAAUCCGGUGGUUCGAGCUGAGAAGCUCGUCAAGGUUUGA